AUGUUGUUGACAAAAAUUGUUAAUGCUUUGACAGCUGGUGUGGAGAUCAGUGGACCAUUGGCCUGUUUGUAUCUCUUGAAGCAUAAAAAUUACUACACAAACUACUCUUUUAAUGUAUGCAUGUGGAAAAGUUUUAUGAGAGAAGUAUGUACAGCCUGGGAGGAUGAGAAUUCAACCACCGAAGCAAAGGUAUUCACCAAUCCAGAGGCUCCAGAAAAAGUCAUAUUGAGUCAAACUCAAGGCAAGUUUGUACUGCUCUCUGUCGUAGAUGAUUACAUAUAUAGACCUUCUAUCUUUAAUGGAAUGUGCCUGUACGAUUGGAUAUGGUGA